CAGCACUUUACUCAAUUUAUUUGUAAAGUAAUUUCAUAGAUCUCACAGUUGCCUAUAUGAAAAAAAAAAAAGUUUGAAUACUUUUUAUGUUUUUUAAUUCGAAUUUCCAGUGAGCUCAAAAUCGGACGCCUGCAGGGUUGGCCUUUGUCCUCCAGAGGCUGGUAGCUCGCUGACAUCACCUCUCGAGUUCUUGGGUUUAAAAGAGGAAACUGGCUUGGUCGUGGUCGGAGGAUUCUCACUGAAUCUUCAAGUCUCCUGAGCUGUGUGGAGAAUUACUGCAGUGAGGGGGAAAAAAAAAUAUUGGAAAUUCCAAAUUGGGGAGAAAAUAGGGGGUCAAAUAGGUGGGCACAUUUAACAAAAAAAAAAAAAAAAAAAAAGAGAACAAAUGGAGGAUAUCACGUGUAGUUUUCCGGUAGGGCCACUGUUUGAGUAGCCAACCUCCAAGCAGUAUUGUAGGUUAUUUGCAGACUUCCUCAUGAAUGAUAAAAACAGCACUCUCAGGCAAAAUGAAGAUAGUCUGAAAAACUAAACUACAGGAAGCCGUAACCUUGUGGGUCUUGGGUUUGCACUAUGAUGCCAGCAGUAGCUCUCCUGGAGUAAAUUUAAAGAAACACGUCAUCCUUGCAGGGAACUGUGGGAUUGUAAUCCUGGGCCAGAUGUAACCCCUGAUUUAAACUUGGCAAAGACAUACAUAUCCCAGUAUGCACAGCAGUAGCUUUUAAGGUUAUGCUGUCCCAAAGCCAUCCGCUUAGUCUGAGUGAGAAAGAAAAAGGUUAAAGUUUGACUUGAAAUCAGUUUGCUAUUUUUAAGCUGCACCAGAAGCUGAGCCAUGAGUAACCAAGAAGCUCAGGAUGCCCUGGCCUCUGCUGCUCACGCUCCUGACCAGGAAACCUUGUCCCCACGGAGCACAAGGCCAGCACAGGAGGAAGAUGAUCUGAACAAGACGCUGGGGGUGGAGCGAUUUGAGGAGAUCCUGCACGAGUCCCACUCUCGCAGCGGGGGUGAUGACCUCCGACGCAACUACAACGAAGAGGACUUUGAAUAUCAUCGGCACUCCUCGCACCACAUCCACCACCCUCUGUCCACACAUCUGCUCUCUGAUGGGCGCAAAAAGAAACACUCCAAGAAGGGCAGUGGGGGGGGCAAGAAGAAGCCGAGGGCCGCCACCUCCCCAGGGGACAGUGCUCCCACCAUUGAGGAAGGGGAAGAGGGGGAGGAUGAGGAGAUUGCGGAUCCCUGCAGACCCCAGGAGGAAGCCUUCGCUGCCCCUACCACCUCCCAGGACGUGCAGUUCUUUGUUUCGGAUGACGAGGCUGUGGACUCGGACUCUGCACCCUUGAAGGGAGGCAGCAGGACGCCACCCGGGAAGCUGGAGAUUGUGCCGGCCUCUGACCUUGACGCCGACGAGAAGACCAAGAAAGCUGCUGACACAGCGGAGAAUGAUGCUACAGCAGAAAGAGCAGGAGGCAGAAGCAGCAGCCCCGGAACAUCCACGCAUCCCACAGGGGACAGCGGCACACCCAGCCGCCCCCACUCCAAAAGCCAGCCAGCCCUCCGCAAUUACAGCCUGCGAGAGCGCCGGCGCAUCGGCAGCAUGACCGCCGUGGAGGACGCCAUGUACCAGAAGAUCCCCACGGACGAGAGCGAGGCUCAGACCCUGGGGACUGCCGACCUCGACGGCAUGAAGAGUCACCGCUUUGAGGAUGUCCCAGGCUUCCGAAGGCACCUGGUUAGGAGGAGCACUAAAAGUCAGGUUAUCCACAUCAGCAAGGACCACAAGGAGCCCACAGCCCGGGCCAAGAAGAACGACCGCACCCCACACGAGGUGUUUGUGGAGCUGAAUGAGCUCAUCCUGGAUAAGAACCAGGAGAUGCAGUGGCGGGAGACGGCGCGCUGGAUCAAGUUUGAGGAGGAUGUGGAGGAGGAGACGGACCGCUGGGGCAAACCCCACGUGGCCUCGCUUAGCUUCCGCAGCCUGCUGGAGCUCCGCAAGACCAUUGCACAAGGUGCGGUCUUACUGGAUCUGGAUCAGAAGUCCCUCCCCGGUAUUGCUCACCAGGUGGUGGAGCAGAUGAUCAUCUCGGACCAGAUCAAAGCUGAGGACAGAGCCAAUGUCCUGAGGGCCCUGCUAUUAAAGCACAGCCACCCAAGCGAUGAGAAGGAGUUCAGCUUCUCCAGGAACAUCUCCACAGCCAGCCUGGGCUCCCUGCUGCCGCAGCACCACAGCAUCAACCACAAUACGCAGGCCGCCGAGCCCUCCGUCAACGACCCACUCAUGGGGGGCGGUAGCCCCAAGGCCGAGCAUGAUACCCGCAUCCAUAUUGACAAACUGGAGAAGGAUGGUGCUCCGUCUCUUGGGAUACACAAGUCCAAGUCCAAGCAUGAGCUGAAACUGCUGGAGAAGAUCCCGGAGAAUGCGGAAGCCACUGUUGUACUCGUUGGCAGCGUAGACUUCCUGGAACAGCCCACCAUGGCAUUUGUCCGACUGCAUGAAGCGGUGGAGCUGGAGUCUGUGCUGGAGGUGCCUGUCCCAGUCAGGUUCCUGUUCGUCCUGCUUGGGCCCAGCAGCACUAACAUCGACUAUCACGAGAUUGGCCGCUCCAUUUCUACACUCAUGUCUGACAAACACUUCCACAAAGCAGCGUACCUGGCUGACGACCGGCAGGACCUCCUGAAUGCCAUCAACGAGUUCCUGGACUGCAGCAUCGUGAUCCCACCUUCUGAGGUGGGGGGAGAGGAGCUGCUGAGCUCCUUGGCGCGCUUCCAGAAGGAGAUGCUGAAGAAGAGGGAGGAGCAGCAGGAUAUCAAGCUUCUUGCCAAGGAGCCCAAGACCCCUGAGGAUAAAGGGGCCCUAAAGAUCAUCCAAGCGGUCGUGGGGGAUGAUGACGACCCACUGCAGCGGACCGGCCGACCCUUCGGGGGGCUGAUCCGCGACGCCCGUAGGAGGUACCCCAAGUACCUGAGCGACUUCAAGGAUGCCCUCAACCCUCAGUGCAUGGCUGCCAUCAUCUUCAUCUACUUCGCUGCCCUCUCCCCUGCCAUCACUUUUGGAGGCUUGCUGGGUGAGAAGACGGAGGGUCUGAUGGGUGUGUCAGAGCUCAUCAUCUCCACAGCGCUCCACGGCGUGGUGUUCUGCCUGCUCGCUGCCCAGCCCCUGCUCGUGGUUGGUUUCUCUGGGCCCCUGCUAGUCUUUGAAGAAGCUUUUUAUUCUUUCUGCAAGGCCAAUGGCAUGGAGUACCUGACGGGUCGGGUAUGGAUCGGGUUCUGGCUCAUCCUCAUCGUGCUCAUCAUGGUGGCGUUCGAGGGCAGUUUCCUGGUGCGCUAUGUCUCGCGCUUCACCCAGGAGAUCUUUGCCUUCCUCAUUUCUCUCAUCUUCAUCUACGAGACCUUCUCCAAGCUGGUCAAGAUAUUCCAACUGCACCCCCUGCAACCCUGCUCUCUGAACAACAGGACAUCGAGUAACUGGACACAGCCUCUGAUGAGCAAAGUGUCCCUGGAGGCGGGGAACAGCAGCACCUCCACGGCAAGGAAGGCGAUUGUGAUGGGAAAGCCCAACACAGCCCUGCUCUCGCUAGUCCUCAUGGCCGGGACCUUCUUCAUCGCUUUCUACCUGCGCAAGUUCAAGAACAGCGCCUUCUUCCCUGGCAGGAUUCGAAGGUUAAUUGGAGACUUUGGGGUGCCCAUCGCCAUUCUCAUCAUGGUGCUGGUGAACUACAGCAUUACUGACACAUAUAUACAGAAAUUGAGCGUGCCCAGUGGAUUCUCGGUGACCAGCCCAGACUUGCGAGGUUGGGUGAUUAACCCCUUCGGUGACAAAAAGGAAUUCCCCAUCUGGAUGAUGGUGGCCAGCAUCCUCCCAGCCAUCCUGGUCUUCAUCCUCAUUUUCAUGGAGACUCAGAUCACAUCGCUCAUCGUCACUAAGAAGGAGCGGAUGCUAGUGAAGGGAUCCGGGUUCCACCUGGACUUGCUCAUCAUCGUAGUCCUGGGGGGGGUUUGCGCCCUGUUUGGACUUCCCUGGAUGGCCGCAGCCACUGUCCGUUCUGUCACACAUGCCAAUGCACUGACUGUCAUGAGCAAGGCUGUAGCACCCGGGGACAAACCCAAGAUCCAGGAAGUCAAAGAGCAGAGAGUGACUGGGCUGCUGGUGGCUAUCUUCGUAGGUUUGUCCAUUGUGAUCGGUGAUCUCCUGCGGCAGAUCCCCCUGGCUGUCCUCUUCGGGAUCUUCCUCUACAUGGGGGUGACAUCUCUCAACGGCAUCCAGCUGUACGAGCGCAUGAUGCUGCUGCUCAUGCCCCCCAAAUACCAUCCUGACAAGACCUACGUCAGAAAGGUGCGCACUCUGCGGAUGCAUCUGUUCACAGGGCUGCAGCUGGUGUGCCUGGCAGUACUCUGGGCAGUCAUGUCCACAGUGGCCUCCUUGGCAUUCCCCUUUGUUCUCAUCAUGACCGUCCCCCUCAAAAUGCUCGUGCUGACCCGCAUCUUCACCGAGCGCGAGAUGAAAUCUUUGGACGGAGAUGAUGCAGAGCCCACAUCUUUUGAUAAGGAGGGUCAAGAUGAGUAUGAUGAGAUGCCCAUGCCUGUGUAAGCUGCCCAUCCACCACCUGCCCUGACAAUCAACCAUGCCAGCCUACCAGCCACCCAGCCAGUCAGGGUGCCAGAGCCGCUCAGCAGGGAACCAGACCUGCUCCUCCACUGUGUAUUUGGAAAUGAUGGAAUGCUGUUUGUGGGUCUUUCAGAAAACCCCCCCUUCACCCCCCAAAAAAACUUCCUGAAACUUGUGCUGAAGUACUUUAUAAUAUGGAUGGGUCACAUGAACCUGAUGCCACCUAAAAAAAAAAAAAAAAAAAACAUUUAUUUAUAUUCCCCACAAAAUAAAUGUGUUUUGUACAUUUCAAUAGGGAUUGCUUAAUCAGAAACAAAACUAGCUUAGGCUGUGUAAGCCCCACACACACACGUUAAAUAAAAGAGCUGCUCAUUUUCAUUAUACCAUGGGCAGAAACGUAA